AUGACGAGCUCAAAGGAGCUUCCUCCGGUUGUGGAGUUACUGUCACAGCUCAUGUCAGUCGAAAGCACCAGCGACGAAGAGCUUGAAGUUGGCAUAUUUUUGGAAGACUACAUGAAAGUUCUUGGGUAUACGGUUGAGAGAAUUGCCAUUGCACCGGGCUCAACACGACACAAUGUCUAUGCAUAUUUGGGCGCUAAGCGGGAGGCGCGCAUCCUGCUAACCUGUCACAUGGACACCGUACCGCCCCACAUCCCGCUAUCAAUCGACUUAGACGCAGGAAUAGUAAGAGGUCGUGGAGCUUGUGACGACAAGGGCCCGAUGGCCGCUCAAGUCCUGGCAGUCGAAGACCUUCGAAAGGAAGGAAAGAUCAAAGAUGGGGAUAUCAGUUUCCUAUUCGUCGUGGGCGAAGAGAAGGGAGGCCCCGGGAUGAUCGCUGCCAACGAUAUGGGCUUGACUUGGGAGGCUGGCAUCUUCGGAGAACCUACUGAGGGAAAGCUCGGAACAGGCCACAAGGGUCAUGUUGUGUUCGAGUUGACGGCGACCGGCAAGGCUUGUCACUCGGGCUACCCUCAUCUAGGAAGCAACGCCAUCUCGCUAUUGAUCAAAGCCAUGAGCAAACUGGAAACAUCAGAUUGGCCCGUUUCAGAUCUCCUCGGUCCCUCGACCUUCAAUAUGGGCAAGAUCGAAGGCGGAGCCGGUUAUAAUGUUGUUGCUGCGGAGGCGAAGGCCCUCUGUGCGGUUCGGGUAGCUGCCGAUUUACCCCAGAUCAAGAAACAGAUUGCGAGUGUGGUGCAAGAAUUUCCGGGAGUUGAAGUUGACUUCAAAUUUGAAUACCCCGAAACUCUGCUAGACUUCGACUUUGACGGGUUCGAGUCCGCGCCAGUUAGUUACGGAACAGAUGUUCCGAGACUCAAAGGGUCGCAUAAGAAGGUGCUCUACGGACCGGGUACAAUUUUGGUCGCUCAUGGGAAGGACGAGCAUGUCAUGAUCGAUGAACUGUUGGAAAGUGUCGAUGGAUACAAGAAGCUUGUACUCAACUUCCUAUGA